AUGAGGCGCUGUGAGCUGACAGGCUGGCAUCAUUCACCCCCCACCCCACCCCCACCCACCCUGCAAGGGAAUGUCACAGCCAAUAACCCCAGCUGCUCUGUCACUGCUACAGCAACACAGUGGCAGCUGAAACAACCUAAAACCACGGGUGGAAGACGUUAUGUCGAGAAUCAUGGAGUAAUCCACAACAUCUGGUUCAACACUACCACUCAGGAGAAGAAGCAGUACUACAUGACUCAGUUUGUUGAUUCCUACUGGGACAAUGGCAGCUUACCCAUCUGGAUAACAGCACAAAGACAGGGUCUAAAAGCAGGCUCUCUGCAUUUCCCUGGCACAGCAGCCACCUACAAAGAAGAUACUGUGAAGGUUAGGCAAGUGGAACCUCGUUUCUAUGAUCAUUCUAAUGAGACAGAAUGGAGGCUGAACAUUGAUAAGGUCAUUGGGGAGUGGUUCCACCAACAGGACCUAGACUUUGUGUCCUUGUAUUUCGGAGAACCAGAUUUGGCUGGUCAUGAAUUUGGACCAGAUUCCCCAGAACGCCGUGCAAUGGUUCAGCAAGUGGACCGUACUGUGGGCUACAUCCGGGACAAGAUCCAAGACCAUGGCCUUACUGACCGGCUCAACAUUAUCAUCACUGCCGACCACGGGAUGACUAGAAUUCUACGGGAUGAACUAGUUGAGGAGAUCAUCCUCUCUAAGAUUCCUGGCUUCAGCUUCAAAGAUAUCCAGUUCCAACUGUUGGAUUAUGGUCCUGCUGGCAUGCUGCUUCCGAAAGAGGGGAAACUGGAGAAGGUCUACCAGGCUCUGAAAGGAAGCCACCCUCAUCUUCAUGUGUAUAAAAAGGAGGAACUGCCAACUAGACUGCACUAUAGUAACCAUCCUCGACUCCUGCCCAUCAUCCUCAUUGCUGACCCUGGAUACAUUGUCAAUGGGUUCUUACCUGUGCACUACGUAAAAGGAGACCACGGCUUUGAUAAUGAAAUCAUGGACAUGAAAGCUUUCUUCAGGGCAGUGGGGCCUGACUUCCAGAAAAACAUGUUGGUAGGCCCCUUUGACCUGGUUGACGUGUACCCUCUGAUGUGCCAUCUACUGGAGAUUAACCCAGAGGUCAACGAUGGACACUUGAACAAUACCAAACACAUGCUGGUUCCUAGGAAAAACACAGGAGGAAACAACAACAGGAAUAAUUAUUACAAGGAGGUGGUGAUUGGCCUGUCAGCAGUGAGUGGGGUUCUCGGGCUUGUUUUCAUCAUUACCACAUCCUACAACAUAUGGAAAAGAACCAGAGCAUGA